UUACCAGAAAAAGUGAUAGCACCAAGAAAAGCAAUGAUAUUAGGAAAAGUGAUGAUACUAGAAAAAGUGACAGUAUCAGAAAAAGAGACAAUACUAGAAAAAAAGACAAUAUCAGGAAAAGUGAUAAUACCAGAAAAAGUGAUGAUAUUAGAAAAAGCAAUAAUAUCAGAAAGAGCGAUAGCACUAUAA